AUGGAGGAAGCCGCUGUCUUUCGAUCCUCAAAGCGCAGGAAGUUUGCGCGCGCUCAACAUGUGCAAUCUCCAGAAUCAACGUCGGUCGCUCUGCCUGCCCCGGCGGAAGGGGAAGCAACUCAUGCCGAUGGUGAUGAGACUCAAGUCGAGAAUGGGGCCGAAGUCGAUAUUGCAAACCUGAUUCGGGCCCGAAAACAACAUCGCAAACCUGCCGCAGGUGUACAAUUCUCCAAUUCUGAUUCAACACGGAAAACCAAUGAGGACAAUUCAAAUUCACCGGUGGCCAAAGCCGAUGAAUCGGUGGACAAGCCGAUAGACAUCACCAAUCGCUUCAUCGGCAGCACUGGUCAGGUGGUCAAUGUUGACAGACACAUGAUUGCAUUCAUAGAUGCUGAAAUGGCCAAACGACGAAACGAACUUAUCUCUUCGUCAGACAACCCACAGAGAGGUGGAGACGAAGAAUCACGCAAAACCUUGUCAACUCCAGCUGAAGGCAAUAUCUGGCCCGUCAAAAUGCCUCCUAGCAACCAUCCAUCCUCUGCUCGUCAGUUGUCUGAAGUUGACCUGGGUUCUUCUGCACAUGACAGCAACAUUGCACGGACACAGGCUGCACUCGAGCGUGCCAAAGCUGGCCAGGCUCCUGUAGAAGAGGAACCCAAACCACAAAGACCUCGCAAACCACGCAUCGGUCGUGAUGGCAAACCAAUGAAGCCGCCGCCCCGGAAACGGAGGAAUAGCGAGGACAUUGCGCGUGAUGCACUUGUGGAGCAGGUUCUGCACGAAAAUAGACUGGAUAUUUACGAUGCUGACGACCUUGAACAACGACGAAAUCCUGAAAACCGCGGCCAAGAAGUAGAUGACAGUGACGCGGACGAGCGCCUUGCUAAACAGUUUCGACAAGAGUUUUUCGAUGCGAUGGCCGAACGACAUCACAGAAACAAAACUUCAAGCCAGCCCAAAGGACCCGGUGCCGGUACAGAGUCCAAAGGGCCUAAGCUUGGAGGAAGCCGGAGUGCGAGAGCGAAGAUGGCUCAGAUGCAGCAGCAGCAGCAGCAACAUGGACAGGUGUCUGGAAAGAAAUGA